CGCGAUGCGCACACCCUCACCCGCCUUCAUCGGCGUGCAGUACCCUCCAUACAACUACUCGCCGCCCGCCGCCUACGCGUCCACACCGACGCCCCAUCUCCGACGUGGUCCGCUGCCCUUCUCGCACCUCGGCGACGCCGACGACACAGGAGCCGACAUGGACGACAUCAUCGCGAUAGGAUCGACCGCGGCCGCCGCGUCUCCCGGGUUCGCCACCCAGGACGAGGUAGUGGAUCUCAACGGUGACAUGGAGGCCGAGCUCGGCUACGUCUACGGCGAGGACGCGCACGAAGCGCAGGAAUCCGAGGAGGAGGAGGAGGACGAGGAGGAGGAGGAGGAGGAGGAGCCGGCUCCUGUUCCGAUGAAGGGGCGCCAGAAGAAGAAGAAGCGGGCGGCUAGGUCAGGCGAACCGCGCAUCAAGUGGACGUCCAAGGAGGAGGAAUGCCUCGCCGAAGCAUGGAAAGUUGUCUGCCUCGACCCGACCACCGGCGCGAACCAGAGCUUGGAGACGUACUGGGACCGCAUCAAGGCCGAGUUCGACGAGCGGAAGCUCGUCGACCCGUACUUCAAAGGCGUCUACAUGCAGCGCGGCUCCAAGGCGAUGGCGAACCAUUGGGGGCGUAUCCAGUUGGCGUGCAACAAAUGGCAUGGAAUCGUCGAGGAGGUCGCGGCUCGCCCGGAGAGCGGCGCCAGCGUUGAGGAUCAGCUGCUGCGUAUGUUCGCCAUGUAUCGGGGCGACAACCAAGACGCCGACUUCAAGCACCUCCACGUCUACAAGCGCAUUGACAAGUGCGAGAAGUGGGCGGAAGUCCGACGUGCCCUCGGCAAGGCCAAGGAGACAUACAAGCCGAACGCGACGACUCCGGGCGCGAGUGAGGGGCGGCCGGACGGCCACAAAUUGGCAAAGAAGGGGAAAAACGCCGACGCGGCAACCGCGCGAGUGCAGGAGUCCAUCGAGCAUUGCCUCGCCGACGCCCAGGCCCGGGCCGUCCUACGUGAAGAGAAGACCGAGGCGCGGUGGUCGUCGCUGAUGAAGAACAGCGCCAUCAAGCUCGACCUGCUCCGGACGAACGUCGCCGCGAAGAAGAGGAACACCGACAUGGCUUUUCUGAUGGGCGGGGCGGACAUGCUCCAGAGCGACGACGAGGAGCUCAGGGUGUGGUACAUGGCGGAGCGCGGCCUCAUUCUGAAUCAGAUGCGGACGGCAACGCCGACGACGCCGACGACGCAAGCUCCCGCGCCCACGACCACACGGACGCCAAGCCCGAACGACGCCUCUACGUCACCGCCCAGCAGUGCCGAAGCCGCGCCGACACAGCCCAGCACCGAAGCAGCUCCGACACCGCCGAGCCCGAGCACGCCGACUCCGCCAACGCCUGGAGCCGACCCCGCCGAGUGAAUCAUGCACGCGAACUUGCGGCGUG